AAAAUUGCUUUUCAAAUGGACCAUUCGCAGACUAUUACCAACUACGACCACCUGCGUGCAGAGUUGUUACCGCCAUACACAGGUGACCAACGUGGUCAGCAACUAGAGAGGGCGCACUCGUAUUUAUUUGAAACAGCAAAUUGGAUGACAACAGCGGAAGAUGCGCGUGGCAGUAAUAUUUUUCUAGCUCCUCACGCGGAGACGUCAAUAGACACAUCUCACGUGGACGGACCUUUUCGGCAUAUUCCGGUAAUCCAAGGAAUUCCUCGACAGAAAUCAUGCAAACAGAAAGUUAUAUCUGAGAACCCAACAGAUUUUGAUAUAACUUCUUUAAAAGGAGGGGACAAUGGAAUGAAUCGGAAAUCUACCAACAAUGAACUGCUGGUAUGUUUGACGCCUAGCGAGACAAUCGAGACUAGGCCUAACCCAAACGCGAACAGCCGGGUCGAAAAUUUCCCAAAUUCCAGUAACGACCGCAACCGAUGCCGUGUGAACAUCACUACCUUACCUGGUUGGACAAAGAACUCGGAAACCAUGACAAUGAACGGAAAGAGUUCCUCAAAGAAAAAGCACAACUUGAAGAAGAGAUGGACCAAGCGCUAUCACGACACAAACUCAAACUCAGAAGCUGAAGGAUCUCCCGGUGAAAUACUGCUGGACAGCGAUACUCUGACAGUAUUGAAGGAAAUAGACAUUUUGAAGAUGGAACAUGAAAAGCUAAAGCAGCAAGUGCGCCUACAGAGGCGGAGGCAGAAACAGAUGAGGCGGGACAUUGGUAUUAUAGGUCAAAUGCUACCUGUACCGACUAUGCCUACAGAGAUUUGGCAGAAUAUUUCACCCGCCCAAAAAAAUUGUGAAUAAAAGUUU